UCAUUUUUCUCUCUGCAUAACCAGACACAAAUAUGAAAUGAUUCUCCUUCCAACUCCCUUCUUAAUCUCCACAAAUUAAUUAAUGGAUCUAGAAAUCAUGGGUUUCGAUGGUCUUCUAGGUUCAGACACAACUACCACUGUCGCCGCCGGUUACUUAUCUUCUGAAUCAAAGAAAAGGAUCCACGAAUCUGAGUUUCUAACCAGACUUAAUUCAGAAGACUUCUCCUCCUCCUCUGUUUCUAAAAUCAGAUCUAUCAAUAACUAUUUAUCUGAAAAUGGACAGCAUAUGCUCAGCUUCUCUUCUUCUUCUUCAUCUUCUACCUCCCCAUUGUCUUAUUACAAUGAUCUGUACCAGCAAGCUUCAGCCUUUUCUUAUGGUAGAAAUCCAGGAACAGCAGCAUUAAUGAAUAGAAUGAGAACUGGUCCUUUCACUCAAUCUCAAUGGAUCGAAUUGGAAAAUCAAGCUUUGAUUUAUAAAUACAUCAAUGCUAAUGCUCCUAUCCCUUCAAAUCUCCUUAUACCCAUUUUAAAAUCUUCUGAUUUUUCCAAUUCAUAUCCUCCUUUCUCAGUUGGUUGGGGUCCUUUUCAUCUUGGAUUCUCUAACAGUACUGACCCAGAACCUGGUCGGUGCCGGCGAACCGACGGCAAGAAAUGGAGAUGUGCUAGGGAUGCAGUUCCUGAUCAUAAGUAUUGUGAAAGACAUAUGAACAGAGGUCGUCAUCGUUCAAGAAAGCCUGUGGAAGGACAAACGGCUCGUUCCGUCGUCGUCUCCUCUGCCGCCGGUAAGCUUGUUCAGGCUGAGCCGGCACCGGCGCCGGCGACGGUAACGUCUGAUGGGCUUAGUCUCUCUCAACCUGGUGGACCUAUUACCAGUCCUAGCUCCAAUAAUGGAAACAGGGUAUUUUUGAACAUGGAGAAGGAGAAGCCAAUGGAAUACACCUCAAACAAGUCUCAAGUAAAAUUUGGGUCAUUUGGAGUAGACACACUUCUUAGUAAUGGUUCAUCAUCAUCUUCUUUAAUGGAAAAUGAAGAAUAUAUGAUAAUGAAUAAUAGUACUAAGAACAAACAACAUAAUAAUUGGUUGCCAAGUUCAUGGUUUGACACCAAUAACCACCAACAUGAUGGAACCCAACUCUCGAUUUCAAUACCAAUGAUGUCGGACUUUAUCCCAUCCAUGAACGAAACCCAUCAAGUUCCAUCAACCGAAAUGGGUUUAGGUUUGGGAUUGGGUGAGUCUUACCAUAAACAAUCAACUAGUUGGAUUCCAGUUCAAUGGGGAAGUAUCAAUAAUUGUAUGGGAGGUGGUCCUUUAGGUGAAGUUGUAUUGAACAAGACCAAUAGAAAUGAUCAAACCGAUUGGAAGAAGAAAUCAUCAUCAUCAUCGGUUGCUUCUUUAGAUCUCAUGUCUUCAACUGCUAGUACUGGUCAUAAUUGGGAUAAUAGCCCACGAGGGUUUGGAUCUUCUCCCACUGGUGUAUUGCAUAAGGUUCAUUUCGGUUCGGUUUCGAAUAGUAGUGCCGGGAGUAGUCCAAGAACCGAAAGCCAUUUCGGUUAGAACUUGAGUGUAAUCAUCAAUCGUGUUCAUCUUCUUGUUUUUGUUUGUUCUUAUGUUUGUAGCUAAUAAAGUAUUGAUAUGUUUUAUAAA